AUGUCGUCCGAAUCUAUUGUUAAGAACUCUCAAUGGAGAUUGGUUGAAGUCGGCCGUGUCGUGUUGGUCAAGAAGGGUCCAUCCGCCGGUAAGCUCGCCGCUAUUGUCGAAAUCAUCGACCAGAGCAGAGUUUUGAUCGACGGUCCAGAAACUGGCGUUCCUCGUCAAUCCGCUAACUUGGGCCACGUUGUCCUAACCCCAUUGACCUUUGCCUUGCCAAGAGGCUCCAGAACCUCUGUUGUCGCUAAGAAGUGGACUUCCGCUGGUGUCGCCGAGAAAUGGGCUGCCUCCUCGUGGGCUAAGAAGAUCGCUCAACGUGAGAGACGUGCUGCUUUGAGCGACUUCGAAAGAUUCCAGGUCAUGGUGUUGAAGAAGCAAAAGAGAUACGCUGUCAAGAAGGCUGUCGCCAAGGCUUAA